UUUAAAGCACAAAGACUUUCCUUGAAAAUUGAUAUGAAAUCAAUGCUGGCUAAUUAGCGAAAUGUUCUUUUUUUCUCCGAAAGAAAUAUAACGUUUCAGUUUUAAAUCCAGUGAAAGUCGGAAUAAACCUCUGAUAAGAUGACAAUGAUUCCUGACAAGUCUUACUCAUGGGGAGUUUUGAUUGGAUGUGUGCUCCUGGUGGCAACUGCGCAUGCGUUUAGCCAUCAUAGUAAAACAACGGCACGUGAGAAAGGUAGAAUGUCCGAUCCUGAGAAUGAUGAUAUCAUUCUUUCACAUGAACAUGAAGACGAUUCACUUGAUGAUUUGGUUGACAAAGUGAUCCACCAAAUCCGUUUCGAAAAGCACGAAUUUAACCCUACAUACCCCUUACAAGGUGUAUGGAACAGCCCGGCUUCGAAGAAACAUUUUCGCAGAGGAAGGAGGGAGGCUGACGGAACAGCUACGAACCGCAUGCGCCGGUCAAGAAAAUGCAAUAUGGCAAGGAAACAUGCGCGGACAAUGCUUCAAUUUUGCCAAUCUGAACCGACGUCGGAGCAUAAAGGAGCUGAAAAAGAUGACAUUGCCGGAGGUCCAGCCAACGGAGGACCAGAUAAAAACAAUCCCCAAGCGAAUGGUAACAAAGAAUCCGAAGAAAAGCAGGCGCAGGGAGAGGACAGUAAGCACUCCGAUGACGUGGAAAAGGAAAAAGAUAUAGAAUGAAUCGGCGAAUGAUUAACUGAACGUAUGAAAUCGUGUGGCUAUAAAGACAGCAAAAAACUUCUCUUCGAAUUUAAAACCUAUGAUUCGAUUUCUUCCUUUUCUCUGAACACUGACAAUCUGUUUUUUAGUUUUGAAUGUUUGUAAAAUUUUGGUAAAUAUAUUAUUAAAGGGACUCCACUGAGGUUUAAAAGCCUAAAAACAUAACAUUAGAAGUUCUUACAUAAAUGAACUGGGGCGCUUUAAACAGAAAUAUAUGCAAAGAAAGUUAAGAAAUAUACUUUAAAAUAAAUCGAAAAUCGUAGUAUUAUGCUUUUCUUAGUCUAAUUUGAGUGGAAAGCGUUUAAACGCUUUUCAUUUUGGGUCAUUUUUUUACAAUUUGAAUAAUUAUUAUGGAAAAAAGAAGUGCGCGAAUGAUCUGAAAGUUUGCACAAAGAUUCGUGAUAUACACCUACAUCAAAUGGUACAUUUAUCUGGAAAAAAUAUUUUCAGUCCCAUCAUAUCAAAACACCUCAGUGGAGUCCCUUUAACUAAAUGUUUGCGAACUCUUAUGGAUGAGAUGAAUCCAUAAUUUGGCAGAUUAUAAAUAGCUUUUUAAGCAUUUAAGUUAUAAAUAUAGAAUAAAACAAUAUUAUAUGAAACAUACAUGUAUGCAUUAUAGGGUCAUCCACAAGAAUCAAAAGAAUACAUUUAACGCUUGAAGUAAGUAAAAUACUACUAUACAUUUAUUACAUUACAUUUCCAGAUAGGUAUAUUCUUAAAAUACAAUUUAACAUUCAAGGAAUAUAUUUACACUGAAAGGGAAACUCUAUUGAGUUUUUUUUGACAUGACAGGACUGGAAAAUAUUUUUCGAGAAUUAUUUACAAUUUAAUGUUCGUCUAGAUCAAUAACUUUUGUGCAAUUUAAGAUUAUUCUCUCACUUCGUAUUUCCAGAAUAAUUAUUCUAAUUGUAAAAACUGACCAAAAAUUGAAAAGCGUUGCAAAGUAUUUCACAAACCAGGUUAUCAACAACACAAAAAAUACGAGUUUCAAUCUAUCUUUGAGUAUAGUCCUUAAGUAUCUUUUGAAUAUUAUCUAUAUCUUUAAGUGCUAAGCUGAUCUAUGUAAAAAUAAUCCAUGUUUUAUGCUUUUAUGAUUUUGAACCUCAGUGUAGACACGUUAACGCUGAUAUAUAAGUUUCAUCAGUAUUGUAAAUUGAAAUAUUAAACUCAGUAUUUCUCUUUUUCAACAUUUUGUCUAACUGUCUUUGAAUAAAGUUCUUUUAAUU